AUGGCUUCUACGGCGCUGUAUUGGUGCUACCAGUGCACCGUGACCAUUUCUCUCGCCUCCGAUGGCCCUGUCGUCUGCCCCCACUGCCACGGCGGAUUCGUACAAGCCGUGGACCCUUCGGAUUUCUCCCCGCGCCCGUUUGCGGCGGUCAGCGGCCGCCGCCGCCACCGCCACCGUUGUCGGAACGAUUCCUCCUUCAAUCCUGUAAUCGCCCUCCGCCCGCCAGCCGGCAGCGCCGCCCAGAGGACCUUUGAUUUGUACUACGACGGCGGAUCGGGCCAGGGUCUACGCCCCCUGCCUCCCGCCAUGUCCGAGACCCUACUUGGAUCCGAAGUAUCGACGGUAAGUCACAUGGGAACUUGA